AUGAUGUCCCUACUGAUCAAGAAAGAAAUUUUUGAGGAAGGUUUGACCCGGUUCUAUAUCGCGGAGUUGAUUUUGGCCUUGGAGAGUGUUCAUCGACUUGGCUUCAUCCACCGCAUUGGUUUUGCCUCCUUCCUUUAUGUAUUCCUAAACUGGCCCUCUCAUACUCUUACAACCGAUGGUUUCAAUGGUUGUUUCUUUUUAAUGACCCGUUUGUUACCCAGUGAUAUUAAACCGGACAACAUUCUGAUUAACCGCGAUGGGCAUAUAAAGCUGACAGAUUUUGGUCUAUGCACGAGUUUCCGCUGGACUCAUAGUUCCAAGUACUGGGAUCCCAUUUUUUCAAACCCUCAAUCCGGUGAAUCGAAUAAAGAAGAUGCAAACUCCGAUGCAUGCCAAGCGCAGGAGGCCGGCUAUGGUGACGGUGAGGGGGAUGAUGAGCUUCAUCCAAUGCAUGAUCAAACCCUUGACAGAAGGGUCAGAAGUUCUUCCAAUCGUCGCUGUGCUAGGUCGCUGGUUGGCACACCAAAUUAUAUUGCACCUGAAAUCUUGCGCCGGCAAGGCAAGUCCCGCAAAUUAACGCUUGUUUACUACACAAUCGUGGCUACUCAGCAUAUUAAAGUAGAGUAUAACCAAGCGUGUGAUUGGUGGUCAGUGGGCGUCAUACUCUAUGAGAUGCUUGUCGGCCGUCCGCCUUUUGUUGCUCAGACGGCAUUGGAUACACAGAUUCGCGUAGUUCAAUGGUCGCGCCAUCUUCGCAUUCCCGGCGAGCCACGUCUCCAUCGUGAUGCUGCCGACCUCAUUCAACGCCUCCUCUGUGACCCCGAGGACCGACUGGCCGACCCGCAGCAGUUGAAGAAGCAUCACUUCUUUGCGGAGAUUAACUGGGAAGUCCUGCCAACUCAGAAGCCUCCAUAUGUCCCUGUGGUAAGAGAUCCAGCCAACUCUUCUUCGUAUUUUGUUUUUAUGCCGUUUGUUUUCCUUUUUCUCGUUUCCGUCGGUUGA